AUGAGCGCCAACUCUGACCGGAGGUGGAGCCUCGCGCGCGCCACCGAGUUCUUCAGUGGCGACGGCAAGCCCGACAUGCUGGACAUCCGCGGCAUGACGGCCGUCACCAAGGGCGCGGCCGGCAAGCGCGACAAGUUCCGCAAGAGCGUGUCGCGCUGCGGCGUGUCCAUCUACGGGCCCAAGCACUCGGCGUCGGCCUCGGCCACGGACGGCGCGGCCAACCGCGAGAAGAUCUUCAUCGAGGACCCGCGCGCGCCCUGCCUCAACAUCGACUACUCGAACGACGCGUACCGGCUGCUGCCGUCCUCGGAGAAGUUCUCGGCCCACACGGGCGUGUGCCAGAUCCUCGGCACCAAGUGCAUCCGUGGCGGCAAGCACCGCGUGCGCGUCGGGGACAUCAUCCGCUUCGGCAGCGUCGGCCUGCUGGUCACGGAGAUCGACACGGGUGGCGUGGGCCCGAACGACGCCACGCUUAGCCCCUCGGAGGUCAACAGCCUCAUCCAGCGCGUGGUGUGCCACGACGAGGCCCUGGCCGACGUGGACAGCGGCAUGGACACGGACGACGAGAACGGCGACGCCUCGGGCAACGACGAGUCCAAGCCGCGCUCGUCGCUGCAGCGCCAGAGCACGAGCGCCAUCUGCUACGUGUGCUACGACGAGACCGAGGACGACAACCCGCUCAUCGCGCCCUGCAAGUGCUCGGGCGACACCAAGUACAUCCACCUCAACUGCCUCAAGCGCUGGAACACGAACGGCGAGAAGAACGAGAUCUGCACGGUGCUGGACGAGAGCAACGCGCGCACGUGCUCCAUCUGCAAGGCCCCGUACCCGAGCAAGACGCGCCUGCCGAACGGCAAGGUGCUGUCGCUGCUGCCGGACCGCCUCAACCCGCCCUGCAUCAUGUUCCAGGUCGUGACCAAGCACUCGUCGUCCACGCUCAACCUGUCGACGCGCUACCAGCUGAGCUACAAGAUGCUCAUGGACAACGACAUCCACCGUCCGCUCAUGGUGGGCCGCUCGUCGCAGUGCGACCUGGUGCUCAAGUACCGCACGGUGUCCACGAUCCACGCCGAGAUCCACUACUCGAAGGGCGAGUUCUUCCUUAAGGACGCCGGCAGUUCGAACGGCACGCUGCGGUACAUCUACCGCCCGCUGACGCUGCACAACAACCAGUCGCUGCACGUCAAGUUCGGCCGCACGGUAUUAUCCAUCAAGCCGACCAAGAAGAUCCGGCUGCCGCACUUCUUCGGCACGGCGGGCCACCUCCACGGCAGCGGUUCACGGCUCGAUGAUGGGGGCGUGCAGGACGACGACGAGCUGUCCAACUCGUCCACCCCCCGAAACAAUAGAAUCCGAUACUACGCGGCGCAGCAGCAGGUGCCGACGUCGCAGCAGCAGCAACAGCAGCACGCACGCCAGAACUUGCAGACGCAGAUGCAGAACUUAGAUCUGUAACGUCUCGUAAUGUGCGCGCUCGUUGGCUUGGACCGGAUCCCGUUGCGUGUGACCUCCCGCCCCCGCCGCCAUCGGCCGAGCCGCUCUUGUACCAUCAUCAUCAAGAGCCGAUGCUUGGGAUAUCGACCACCUCGACACCGUAUCGACUCGACUUCCCGCGCCUCUGUUAAUUACUUAUUCGACCCAGAGAUCAAGAGAGAGAAAACACCAGAAAACGGCAGAAACAGGAGAAAAAGAGGCCGGUAGCAGCGCAGAGUUUGGUCUGCCUGCACAUGAAGUGACCACGUCGUCUGAAUGAAGAAAUGCAAACAAAAACAACAG